GCGGACAUUUUGGAAGGCAGAAGAGAGGAGGAGGGUGCCGUGGUGUCGACGUUCCACGCUGCGGCCCUCUGCUCCCCAGGGAUAACAUGGAGCAGUCCCGACUUUGGUCUUUCGUCUUCCUGGGCCUCUCGGGAGCUCUGGCACAGACAAGCUUGGAUGGGAAGGUGUUUGUGUUCCCAAGCCCUUCAACCAAUACCUACGUCCUGUUGAAGCCCAAUCUGCCGGAGCGGCUACACCAAUUCACCGCGUGCCUCAGGUUCUACACCGAUUUGACCCGCGAAUUCUCCCUUUUAUCCUGUUCUUCGAAGAACCGCGACAAUGAAAUCCUCCUCCUCAAGUCCAGUCCCACAGUGUACAACGUGUAUGUGGGUGGGAAUUCUCUCUCAUAUACAGUGACCGGGAACACAGAACAAGGCAGCCACUGGGAGGAUAUCUGUAUGGUGUGGAAUUCGACUACAGGGAUUAUUCAGCUUUGGGUCAAUGGGCUGGCAUUGCCCAGGAAAGGACUGUCAAAAGGCUAUGUUCUCAAGACAGAUUUAGUGAUGCUGCUGGGCCAGGACCAAGAUUCUUAUGGAGGUGCUUUUGAUCAACAGCAGUCCUUUGUGGGGGAAAUGGCAGAGGUGUAUCUGUGGGAUACCGUCUUGCCUCCAGCGCAACUGAGGAGGAGGCAGAGGGAGAAGGUGCCAACCCCUCUGGUGGACUGGACAGCUCUGAACUUUGAGACCAAAGGCUAUGUGGUCUUGGAACCCACCUUUGAGACCUACAAUCUAUGACUCAGUGAACAUCUACCCCCCAAUUUGAGAUCAAAGGCUACAUGGUCUUGGAGCCCACCUUAGCUUGAAAUCUAAGAUCUUCAAUUUGAUGGACAGCCCUGAACUUUGAAAUUAAAGGCUACGUUGUCUUGGAACCCACCUUAGACCGAAGUCCUAAAAGCUAUGACUCGAUGGACAUCUACCCCCACUUUGAAAUCAAAGGCUACAUGGCCUUAGAGCCCAUCUUAGAUUGAGACCUAAAAGCUACAACUUGAUGGACAGCUCUGAACUUUGGGAUCAAAGGCUACAUGGUCUUGGAGACCACCUUAGAUCGAGACCUAAAAGCUACAGCUCGAAGGUGAAUCCUCGAUGGGCUAAAACAGGUGUCCCCGCCUUUUGAUGCAUCCCUACCUGAACA